AUGGAUUCCGGCGACCCUACAACUUUGGUUUUGACGAAAAUAAGGAGCUUGGAGCCAGAUUAUGCUCCGAAGAUCAUUGGGUAUCUGCUUUUACAUGAUUUUGAGGAGAGAGAUUUGAUGCGUCUUGCUCUUGGACCUGAAUCAAUCUUACAAUCUGUGAUUUUCAAAGUGAAAAGUCAGUUGGGACUUUUCUCGAACAACUUGUCUUCACCUUCUACUCCGACGUCUCCUUCUCCGUUGAACCCUAUUUGUCGACCACCCAUCAACGGAAGAGUAGGAGGACGUUCUCACUCUAAUGGGUUUAUGGAUUUCCGUAGAAAUUCACCAUCUUCUCCUUCUUCUACCUCUCCAUGGUCACUCAACAGUGUGAACAGCCCUAAUAAUGGGAACCACGCCCACAUUUCCCCCAAACACUCGCUCGAUGGUCUUCGUACUGCAUCGAUCUCGAAACCCAUGAGCUCUCACCAAAGCAAUGGAGUUUCUGCUACAGACGCUGGUGUUGACGCUGAUUUACUGGAUGAUCAGCAGCUUAAUGAUUAUCUCUCAUUUCUCGACGAUUCCUGUUCGAAAACCGAGGAUGUUGUGGAUCCUAAGAUUCCCUUGGACUACUUAGACAACAAUGGCGAAACCCAUCUUCACAGGAGGAGUUUCUCGGCAGAUUCGUCUUUUGGGUCAGGAGAUGAUGGGUUUGGUGAUGGAUGCAAACCAUGUGUGUAUUUUAGUCGAGGUUUGUGCAAGAACGGAGAAAGCUGCAAGUUUAUCCAUGGAGUAUAUCCGGAUAACGUUGAUGGUAAUGACAUUGUCGCUGAUUCGCCAAGGAAAAUGGAAAGCUUUGUUAGGCAGCACGAGAAGAUGAUGAGGAUGAAAAUGGCUUAUCAACAACAGCAACAGAGGCUGGCUUCUCAAAUCAUGGGUAGAGCUCCAUUGUCGCCAUACGAGAAGAGAAUGAAUUUUCUCUUGCAGCAGCAUGCUCAUAGAGAUGGUGCUCUACCUUUUGGUGAUGAAAGAUAUUGGAGCAGCAGCCCAGGGCGGCUCGAGAGGAUGGAACUAAUGGCAAUGCAUUUUGAUGAUCAGUCAAACUCGGCAUCUAGACAGAUAUACUUAACGUUCCCAGCUGAUAGCACGUUUAAGGAUGAGGAUGUUGCAACUUAUUUCAGCCUUUUUGGAACAGUGCAAGAUGUGCGGAUCCCUUACCAACAGAAGCGUAUGUUUGGCUUUGUUUCCUUUGCCCAUCCUGAGAAUGUGAAGGCUGUACUAGCUAGAGGGAAUCCCCAUUUCAUUUGCGACUCACGUGUUCUUGUCAAACCUUACAAAGAAAAAGGAAAAGCCUUGGACAAGAAGCAGCAGUAUCUACUACAACAACAGAUUGACCGGGGGAAUUUAUCCCCGUGUACCAGUCCAUCUGGGAUUGAUCUUAGAGAAAAAAUUGAUUUUCACCUUGAUUCGAAGAUGUUCUAUGAGAAGCGGGAGAUGAUGAGAAGGAAAAUGGAGCAAGCUGAUCUGCAGAGGGCUAUUGAACUUGAAAGAAGACGCUUCAUUAAAUUGCAGCUUCCUGACUUCAAGAAUAAUGUAGUACCAAAUCAUCACCGUAGCUUCUCUAUGGGAUCUCCUGGUUAUGUUUCAUCUGCCAGCAACGAAAGCCCUGAUUUUCCAUCCGGACUCACUGGUGCAGAUGCUUUAGCAGUAGUUGAUGAUACCUCGGGGCUGCAUCCUUACCCAGUAAUCAACCCAAGGAGUAUUAACAAUAACUACUCGAAUGGUGCAAAAGAAGGGACUAACGAGAGUGAAGUGCUUGAACCCGAAACUGGAAGCACUAUAAAGCUUGUCCUUCCUAGUAACCUCUUCCCAUCUGCAACAUCUACCGAUGAUCACAAAACCAAUGAUUCUACUGAAACUAAUGCAAAAGCUGGAGUCUCCUCUACUAAUGGAAAUGACCAUGAACCACCAGCUACUACCAAUAAUCUGAUGCAGUAG